GUGGGGAAGACAUGGAUUUUUCUAAAAGGGGAAUUUGGCGCCUCACAGUGGACACGACAAACAUUUUCCUGUUUCAAAAAACAGUAUUUUAAGAUAGAACGGUGAAGUCUAUACGAGCAGAGGAUAAGCGUGGUUAUUUUUUUCAUUGUGGAAGUGAAUUUAACAAACUUGAACAAAUUUGCAUCGACCAAGAUUUAAACGCUAAUAUCUGGUAGGGAAGUUGCUAUGGCAAUGCCAAUACGAGGUAAGAACAUGUUACAGCAGCAAAACAAAGCAGGCGCUGCAGAUAACGUCGAGCAGGUCAGAUGAAUAAGAAACAUGGGGAUAAUGCUUGAGUAAAGACCACGAGGUUUAUAAUAUCUUUGUUUGAACAGCCAGCUUGCAUUCCCUGCCCUCUCGCGGUGCGCAUGCGCAGUACCGCGCCGGCGUCUCAUCCUGACUCACACGACAUGGAGUCUUACGAUAUCAUCGCAAACCAGCCGGUUGUUAUCGAUAACGGGUCUGGUGUCAUAAAGGCUGGUUUUGCAGGGGACCAGAUUCCAAAGUACUGCUUUCCAAAUUAUGUUGGACGGCCAAAGCAUGUCCGUGUCAUGGCGGGUGCCCUGGAAGGGGAUCUUUUUAUUGGUCCAAAAGCCGAGGAGCACAGGGGCUUGCUAACAAUCCGUUACCCAAUGGAGCAUGGGAUAGUGAAGGACUGGAAUGACAUGGAGCGCAUCUGGCAGUAUGUUUAUUCCAAGGACCAGCUUCAGACUUUCUCUGAAGAGCACCCAGUGCUGCUGACAGAAGCCCCUCUAAAUCCACGGAAGAAUCGUGAACGUGCUGCAGAGGUCUUCUUCGAAACCUUCAAUGUUCCCGCGCUCUUCAUCUCAAUGCAGGCAGUGCUCAGUCUGUAUGCCACUGGCCGGACGACAGGGGUGGUCCUGGACUCUGGGGACGGUGUGACCCACGCAGUGCCCAUUUAUGAGGGCUUUGCCAUGCCCCACUCCAUCAUGAGGAUCGAUAUCGCCGGGCGCGAUGUCUCCCGCUACCUGCGUCUCUACCUGCGCAAGGAGGGCUACGACUUCCACACCUCCUCGGAGUUUGAGAUUGUAAAAACUAUCAAAGAGCGUGCCUGUUUCCUCUCCAUCAACCCCCAGAAGGAUGAAGCGUUGGACACAGAGAAAGUGCAGUAUACACUACCAGACGGCAGCACCAUUGAGAUCGGCCCUGCCCGGUUCCGUGCCCCUGAGCUGCUGUUCAGACCAGACCUGGUGGGAGAGGAGUGUGAGGGCAUCCAUGAGGUGCUGGUCUUUGCCAUCCAGAAAUCUGACCUGGACCUGCGGAGAACGCUCUUCUCAAACAUUGUACUGUCAGGGGGCUCCACGCUUUUCAGGGGAUUUGGAGAUCGGCUGUUGAGCGAAGUGAAGAAGCUGGCACCAAAAGAUGUAAAAAUUAAAAUCUCUGCUCCUCAGGAGAGGUUAUAUUCUACCUGGAUUGGCGGCUCCAUCCUGGCCUCCCUGGACACCUUUAAGAAAAUGUGGGUCUCCAAGAAGGAGUACGAAGAAGACGGUGCCAGAGCCAUCCACAGGAAAACUUUCUAAAGACCACUGGAGGGUGCCGUGUCUGCUCUGUGAACUGAUCCACUGCAAUGAGGAGCGCGCUGGUGUGUGUGUGUGUGCGAGGGGGAGGGUGGGGAGCU